AUGAAGCGACUUUCGGUGGAAGAAUAUGAAUCUUAUUCUCAAGUGGUUUAUUUGCCUCAUCACCCAGUUAUAAGAGAAAGCAGAUUCACCACUAAACUACGUUUAGUUAUUGAUGAGGGUGAUAGAUUUCCUUUGGCAAAAUCGAUUUUGGAAGAGGAUGCGUAUGUUGAUGACUUUCUAUUCGGGUCUGAUGAAUUGGAGGAAGCCGAACAAACUCAAAUCCAGGUUGCGGAGUUGAUGGAGUGUGGAGGUUUUCACUUACGUAAAUGGGUCUACAAUGAGGACAUUCCUGUCCCAACUAAACGAAAGGUUUUGUCUGUUAUCUCGAAACUGUAUGACCCAUUUGGAUCGUUGACUCCUGUCACGAUUGUUGCUAAAUUGAUGAUUCAGGAGCUAUGGUUGCAUAAGCUUGAGUGGGACGAUUCAUUACCGGUCGAUUUAUUAAAAACUUGGAAUGAUUAUUAUCACUCUUUGAUCGAAUUGGAAAAACUUAAGAUUUCUCGUUGGACCGAAAAAACAAAAUCGGAUGUUACUUAUGAACCACAUGGUUUUGCAGACGCCUCCUCAAAAGCUUAUGCAGCUAAUGUUUAUAUUCGUAUUGUUGAUGAGGAUGGCAAUGUUAAAAUCACUUUGAUUAUGGCUAAAUCUAAAGUAGCCCCCUUAACUCCGGUUAGUAUUCCAAGAUUGGAAUUGUGUGCAGUGGUCCUAUUGGCGAAGAUUAUGGGCUAUAUAGUUUCUACCUUGAAUUAUGAGGAUUGCAAUUUAUAUUGUCACACUGAUUCGACUGUAGUGCUGGCCUGGUUGAACAAACACCCCUCUAAUUGGCGUACUUUUGUGGCCAAUCGAGUUGCACAAGUUCACGAGUUGGUUCCCACUGCAAAGUGGCGCCAUGUUCCUACAGCUGAAAAUACUGCCGAUUGUGCAAGUAGAGGGCUGUCUGCAUUGGAAUUGUUGAACUUCUCUCUUUUGUGGCAAGGCCCAUCAUGGCUAAAAAGGAACUCUGUUUCCUGGCCUGAUACAAUCGCUGUCGUUCCUGUUGAUGUUGACCUAGAAAUGCGUCAAGUUUCUAACCAUGUCUCUAAUUUUAGCUGCGACUUGCAAAUUGCUGAUCGUUUUUCCUCGUGGCCUAGACUUUUGAGAGUUACUGCCUAUUGUAUGCGUUUUGUUUCAAAUCUCUGA